CCAGCAGGGAAGGAAACACCUCAACCACAGCCAGUGUCUCUGGCUCCUCCCAUUUUCCUUCUCCCAGUCAGUUUCACUUUUGCUUUCCUGUCUCAGGCCUUCUGCUCAGUAGGCGCAACAGUCCUGGCUGACCAGCCUGGGCGGCAGUCGUGGUUCUGAUGGCUGAAGUGGAGGCAGGGGCUGCCGUGGAGCUCCAGGGACUGCCCCCUGAAGUCCCAGAUGAGCUGCUCACGCUCUACUUUGAGAACCACCGCCGCUCUGGCGGGGGUCCUGUGUUGAGCUGGCAGAGACUUGGCUGUGGGGGCAUCCUCACCUUUCAAGAGCCUGCAGAUGCAGAGAGGGUCUUAGCCCAGGCAGAACACCAACUACAUGGCGCUCCACUGAGCCUGCGACCAGCACCCCCACGGGCCGCUGCACGUGUGCUUCUCCAAGGACUGCCACCUGGCACUUCACCUCUGAGCCUGGAGCAGCAUGUUCAGGCCCUGUUGUGUGCCAUGGGACACCCAGUGCAGGUUUGCCGGGCCCUGGCCAGCCCCCGGCAGGACCGUGCCCUGGUCCAGCUACCCAUGCCCCUUUCUGAGGCAGAGGUCUGUGCCCUGAAGGAGCAGGCCCAGAAUCUGCAACUGAACGGGGCUGCAGUGUCCUUGGCCUGGGUGCCCCAGACCCGAGCAGUGCGUGUGGUGGGGGGCACUGCUUCCACGGACCUGCUGCUGCUGGAGCUGUACCUGGAGAAUGAGCGCCGCAGCGGAGGCGGACCCUUGGAAGGACUGCGCAGCCUGCCCAGGCAGCUGGGCACUGUAGUCUCCUUUCAGCAGUGGCAGGUGGCUGAACGAGUGCUACAGCGGAACCACCGGCUGCAGGGCUCCGAGCUGAGCCUGGUUCCCCACUAUGAUGUCUUGGAACCAGAGGAACUUGCUGAAGAUACCAGUGGAGGGGAUCAGGCAACCAUUCAGAGGUCUGGAACCACUGAGCAUGCUCUCUUGGAGGCUGGAGGGCUGGCAGAGGCCCGGCGUAAGACUGUGGGUUCUGAAGAGAUACCAAGACAAGUAGGAACCUCUCUAACGAAAAGUCCUGUGAAAGUUCCAGGACCUGCUGUGCCAGGUGACUUGGGACAUGUAGGGUCUCUAGAGCAAGAGGACCCCAUAAGCCUGGGGACUAUGAACUCUCCACAGCAGGCUGGAUUCAUGAAUCAGGAACUUAUGGGAUCUGUAAGCUCAGUGGGCCUAGUGGAAAGCUCUACAGGGUUCUUGGGGCAAGUAGGACUCAUGGGCCUAGGAUCUAUGGGGCUUCAAGGGCAGGAAGGUUCUGGGGAAGUUGCUGUGGGCUCACUGGGGCAGGAGGACCUAAUGGGUCCAAUGGGGCUCACCAUGGAAUCUACAGAGAUGGGGUUGGAGAGUCCUGAAGGUGGAGGGCUACAGGGGCAGGAGGGCCUGGUGGAGAUAGUGUUGUCGAUGGAGCCCGGGGCCAUGCGCUUCCUGCAGCUUUAUCAUGAGGACCUUCUUGCCAGCCUUGAAGACGUUGCCCUUUUCCCAUUGGAAGGAGUGGAUGUGACUGGCUUUCGGCUCUGUGGAGCCAGAGCCCCAUGCCAGGCCGCCCAAGAGUUGCUACAGAGUCUUCUGGGCAGCAUUAGCUGCCACACGCUGAGCCUGAAGUACCCAGGCAGUGCCAGGUUCCUGCUGGGCAUGGAAGGACAGUGCCUUCUUCAAGGGCUGGAAGCUCAGUUCCAGUGUGUCUUUGGAACAGAGCAUCUGGUCAGCGCCACCCUGGGCAUAGAUCCUGAAAGGGUGGAUCCCACGGAGGUCCUCCAAGUCCUCCCCGGCCACAGCACAGGCAGCGAUAAGGAGAAUGUGAACCUUGAGGAAGUCCGAGAGCUCCUUGCCACCAUGGAGGCCCUAAGUGGGGAGGACUGGCUGCCUCUGGAGUUGGAGGAGGAGCAACCAGAGGAGACAACCCUAGGGCAGGAGGAGGAAGAACCCACACCCAAAGCUAGGGAAGAGCCUGUGGUCUCCAGCACUGGGGCACCUGGACGGCUAGAAGAGGAGGCCAAACUGCAGCUGGCCAUCCACCGAUCCCUGGAGGCUCAAGACCAGGUGGCUGAGCAGGAAGAGGCUGCUGCACUGAGGCAAGCCUUGGCACUCUCCCUGCUAGAGGCAGAAGAGCCCCUAGGUGAGGACACUGGUUUCAGGGCCGAGCUGGUGGUGCACACAUCCUUUGAGCAGGACAUGGACAAGUUAGACCGGGCACUAGCAACUGCCUUGGAGGCACACCUUCAGGAGGAAACAGUGAGACUCCAAGGCCAAAUGGUGCCCGUAGACCUUGGGGGUCGCCUGGAGAGGUGCCACGAUGUGAGUGUUGUCCUGCGUGGUGACUGCGUCGUCCUUCGUGGCUUCGGGGCCCAGCCUGCCCGUGCAGCCCGCCACUUAGCUGCUCUGCUUGCUGGUCCUUGGGAUCAGAAUUUGGCCUUUUCCUUGGGGGCCUCAGAUAACAAAUUGUUAGAGCAGGACCCGAAGGAGCCCUUGGACAGGCUGGAAGGCUUGGAGGAGAAUACCAAAGAGUUCCGAGAUGUGGUGCAGGCCUUCUAUGACACUCUGGAUGCUGCCCACAGCAAGAUCUCCAUUGUUCGGGUGGAGCGUGUGUCAAACCCGCUGCUACAGCAACAGUACCAAUUGCAUCGGGAGCGCCUGAUGCAAAGCUGCAAGCAACGCCCGGUGGAGCAGGUCCUAUACCACGGCACAACUGAGUCUGCAGUGCCUGACAUCUGCGCGCACGGUUUCAACCGCAGCUUCUGUGGCCGCAAUGGCACGCUCUAUGGGCAGGGCGUGUACUUCGCCAAGCACGCGUCCCUGUCGGUGAAGGAUCGCUACUCACCCCCCAACGCCGAGGGCCACAAGGUGGUGUUCGUGGCUCGGGUGCUGACCGGCGACUACGGGCAGGGCUGCCACGGUCUGAGGGCACCUCCUCUGCGGGCCUCGGGCCAGGUCCUGCGCUAUGACAGCGCGGUGGACAGCCUCCACCAGCCCAGUAUCUUUGUCAUCUUUCACGACACCCAAGCCCUGCCCACCCAUCUCAUCACCUGCAAGAACAUACCCCGGGCUUCCCCUGGAACUUCCCUCGGUCUCUCCCGUGACAUUUGACCCCAGAGGCCAGCCUGGUGUUCCCGGCUCUGCACAGUCCCCCCAGUGUGUACGACCUGCCCCUGGGGGCGCCCCUGCCACGUGCUCCAAAGCCAGGUUCCCCUCCUGGGCCGGCCUGGCCGCCAGGGGUCAGCAGAGUCGGGCAGGAAGGUGCCCCGCCCGGCACUCGGCCUGGGUUGGACCGCGCCCUAGCGCACUUCUGUCUGAAUAAACCGGUAGCCAGCCGGGCGGCCCAGCCUGCUGGAACCCAGAA